GGGUUACAGGUGUCCUUUGUGCAUGCACUCGGCUUUAGAUAUGACGAGGUACUGGCGUCAGCUGGAUGAUGAAGUAGCGCAGACUCCGAUGCCCACGGAGUAUCAGAACAUGAUGGUGGAG